AUCGUCUCUGCUCCUUGCUUCUUCAACAGCAUUGUUCCACUUCCACAUUUUGCAAUACAGUCCCUCCGUCAACCAAAUCAAGCAGCUACCCACCAGACACCCAAUCCAAAGCCCUUCUAAUUCAAGUUGUGGCUUGCCAAAACAGAGCAACAAGGCAAGGGGCACAGCCACCCCAUAAUAAACUCCCAAAUUCACAUAUCCUCCGAUAUUCUGUCGCCCAAGGCCGCGUAGUAUCGCGUUGGCAAGUGCGGUGCCAGCAUCGGAAAGUUGAAAUAGCCCUAGAAUAGGCAUUACAGACGCGGCAAUUGCAAUAACCUCUGGAUCUUCGGUGAAGGCUUUCGGGAGGACGUGGCGAGUAGAUGCAAGGAAUAUUGCAUCGACUGCACCGAUGGCGAGGAACACCACGAUGUACGUUCGCGUUGCGAUGCGUGAAGCUCCAAGUGCACCAGCCCCAAUGAGAUUACCGAGACGUGUGCUUACAGCGACGGAUACACUGAAUGGGAUGUGGUAGAUUGCCACUGCCAGAGUCAUUAUAACGCUUUGUGCGGCUAGAUGUGCGGUUGAAAUGUAUGACGAAGAGAAGUUCGUGAAGACGGCUCGAGUGAAAGCGGGCCAACACUCUAAGCUGGUCGGGACGACGAAGAAGACGUAUAGGAAUAGGAAGAUUGGCAGUAACGUGUUUGAAACGACCGUCGACAAUGCAGCUCCAGUGAGGUCCCAGUUCAGAACGAAGACAAAGACGUAGUUCAGGAGAAUGUUGAUCGGAGUCGAUACAACGAGGACCCAUAAGCUCGCGUUGAACAGGCCUUGUGCUUGCGUGAACCUCUUGCCCGCUUCGAACAUGGCAUACCCAGGACACCCGGCUAGCAAGAUCCUCAGGUAUCUCCCAGCCAAGAUUGCCAACUCUUUCUCUGGCACCAAUGCCGCCAAUAUCCACCCAGAACACAUCCAUACCGCGCCGAUGGGGAUGGUGACAAGCAUCAUAAAGAUAGCCAUCCUCUGCAGAUGUAACCCAACCUGCUCUUUCUUUCCAGUCCCAUACGCCUGUGCACACAGUGUAUCCAAGCUAGUAGCCAGACCUUCAUAGAUAGCGAAACCAGUAAUAUUAGCGGUCAUUGUGGCGAGAGAAACCGCUCCUAAUUCUUCCGUUCCAAUAUGCCCAACCACAAAAAUAGUAACCAGACUGAACCCAUACUGCAACAAGUACGUGACCAUCAACGGAAGCGAAUACUUGAACAGCAGCUUCGCUUCCUUCCCAGCAGUAGUCACCACCUCCUCGUCCUCGUUCUGCCCUAGAAGCGCUUCGAGUUCAUCGGGAUCCGCAAGUGUCCCAUACCCUGCACUUGCCCGCCUCUUCCCAACAUUCUCAUCCUGAGCCGUGAGGAGCGGGCUGACGGCGGAAAACCGUCGAGGACCUUCUGGUGCAUCCAUACCUAGUAUCGACUUCUUGACCGACCACAGCUAGUAGUGCAAAGUCGUUUUGUCGCACGAGGGUGAAGUGCGCAUUUCGACAUUUUCGUAUCGCCGUUGGAGCUCCAUUGAAAAGUCUGGGGCCGCGGAGAAUUCGCGGCGCUGUGAUUGGUAGGCCGAGCUGUUUUCCUUGUCGGAGGCUGGUCCGCUAGUACUUUUUCAGACCGUGAAUCCUUUCGUGAGUAGUGCGUGGUGAAGCGAUAGACGAUUUGAUUGUUUGGUGUAUAGAAAACGAGCAUACUCAUAUUCGUAAUUGGGCUAGGAGAUGUUGUGUUACAGUUGCGGUUGCU